AUGGAACUAUCACCGUUGCAACGAAGCGUCCUUGACAAGUACGAAACUUUGUCGAAGUCUCUGCACAAUCUGGACGAAACAAUCAAGAACUUAAGAGAAAAUAGCUCAUCAGAGUCCCCAGAGCAGGUGUUGCGUCAGCUUCGCGAAAUUGAGGUAAAGAUCGCUUUGGUUGGAACGCUCUUCAAGGGAAGCGUAUAUUCGCUCGUUUUGCAACGGCAGGUUAUUCAAAACUCGAGAACCUACGGAGAUAGGUAA